GAAGUGAGUCGACCCCGGGUUGAAUAAUCCUGAUCCAGAGUGGGGAGUUGGACGGGACCUGGUGUGAUGAAACGGGCAGGGGAACCCUCCGUCAGCAGUCAGGAGGCCCCGCCCUCCCCGGCGCCUAUAAAGGUUCCAGGGGUUUGAGCUGCCCCAGCAUCCUCCCAGCCUCCCUGAGCACCUCUCUCUUCUCUCUGCCGCCUCGCUCGCUCGCUCGCUCACUCACCUCCCUCCUGGCAUCAUGACCACCUGCAGCCGCCAGUUCACCUCCUCCAGCUCCAUGAAGGGCUCCUGCGGCAUCGGGGGCGGCUCCAGCCGCAUGUCCUCCGUGCUGGCCGGAGGGUCCUGCCGGGCCCCCAGCGCCUACGGGGGCCUGUCGGUCUCCUCCUCCCGCUACUCCUCCGGGGGGGCCUACGGCCUGGGGGGCGGCUACGGCGGCGGCUUCAGCAGCAGCAGCAGCAGCUUUGGUGGGGCCCUGGGUAGCGGCUUCGGUGGAGGAUAUGGUGGUGGCCUUGGAGGUGGCUUUGGAGGCGGCCUUGGUGCUGGCUUCGGUGGUGGCUUCGGCGCUGGCUUUGGAGGGGGUGAUGGCGGCCUCCUCUCCGGCAACGAGAAGCUCACCAUGCAGAACCUCAACGACCGGCUGGCCUCCUACCUGGACAAGGUGCGUGCCCUGGAGGAGGCCAACGCUGACCUGGAGGUGAAGAUCCGUGACUGGUACCAAAGGCAGCGGCCCAGUGAGGUCAAGGACUACAGCCCCUACUUCAAGACCAUCGAGGACCUGAGGAACAAGAUCAUCGCGGCCACCAUCGAGAACGCUCAGCCCAUUCUGCAGAUUGACAAUGCCAGGCUGGCAGCCGAUGACUUUAGGACCAAGUAUGAGCACGAGCUGGCCCUGCGCCAGAGCGUGGAGGCCGACAUCAACGGCCUGCGCAGGGUGCUGGACGAGCUGACCCUGGCCAGGACUGACCUGGAGAUGCAGAUCGAAGGGCUGAAGGAGGAGCUGGCCUUCCUGAAGAAGAACCACGAGGAGGAGAUGCUUGCCCUGCGGGGUCAGACUGGCGGGGACGUCAGUGUGGAGAUGGAUGCCGCCCCCGGCGUGGACCUGAGCCGCAUCCUGAACGAGAUGCGCGACCAGUACGAGCAGAUGGCGGAGAAGAACCGCAGAGACGCGGAGGCCUGGUUCCUGAGCAAGACCGAGGAGCUGAACAAGGAAGUGGCCUCAAACAGCGAACUGGUGCAGAGUGGCCGCACGGAGGUGACCGAGCUCCGGAGGGUGCUCCAGGGCCUGGAGAUUGAACUGCAGUCCCAGCUCAGCAUGAAAGCAUCCCUGGAGAGCAGCCUGGAGGAGACCAAAGGCCGCUACUGCAUGCAGCUGGCCCAGAUCCAGGACCUGAUCGGCAGCGUGGAGGAGCAGCUGGCCCAGCUGCGCUGUGAGAUGGAGCAGCAGAACCAGGAGUACAAGAUCCUGCUGGACGUUAAGACGCGGCUGGAGCAGGAGAUCGCCACCUACUGCCGCCUGCUGGAGGGCGAGGAUGCUCACCUCUCCUCCCAGCAAGCGUCCAGCCAGUCCUUUUCUUCCCACAAAGUCUUCUCCUCCUCCUCGUCCUCCUCUGGCCACCAGACCCGGCCCAUCCUCAAGGAGCAGGGCUCGUCCAGCUUCAGCCAGGGCCAGAACUCCAAGCACUGAGCUGACUCUUCCGGAGCCUCCUGCCCGCCCGCCGGCCCCAACCUCCUGAAGGCCUGCGUCAGGGCCCUGUCCUCCCAGCGCGGUCCCCAAGCUGUCUCCCCUCCCCCUCUGCUGGUGGUGGGCUAAUAAAGCUGACUUUCCGGUUGACGCAAA